AUUCCAUUUCGGUGUAUAGAGAGAGAUUUCCUCCGAAUUUUGACGCUCUUUUCAACUUGGUGAGUCACUAUCGGUGAUUUGAAUUCCUAUAACUCAACUUCUGCACUUUAUCAUCACUAUUCUCUGAAAUACGCAUAAUCUUGUGAAAACAUUUCAAUAUUCGAGCUAUCCAUGGAUUAAUCUAUAACUAUCUAUGUUCAGGUAUAUGAUAGGUUGCUGGAUUCCAUUUCGGCGCUGUAUCAAACUCUUGUAGAAUUAUCUGCUCAGCAUAUUUAGUUCUUCAUUGUCUUAAAUUGUUGAUUGUUUGUUAUGAAUGGAAGAAGUUCGACUGAACAAGACGAAUUAAUCACAGUCAGGAGAUAGAGUUGUCUUAUAAUAAUGGUUAAUGCAAAUGAUCCUUUAGAUUCCUUAUUUGGUUCUUCCCUUCAUGGUUUUAAGGAUGCGAUGUGCUCGCUUGAAUCUGGUGUAAAACAUUUGCAGAACGAUAUUGGGCAGUUUUGGUCUGAUUCUAAGUAUGGAUCUAUUAAAAGCAAUAGUAAGAUUGACAACGAGUGGUCAUUUCUAGGGUUGCACAAGCGUCAAUUAUUUUGCAAUGGUGAUUCAGGGGGCAAAGAGUCAAAAGGUGAGGUUAGGGAUGACAUUAAGACAUGCUCAAAUUGCGGGCAAUCUUCUUUUAAGCAGUCAUUUUCACUCAAUGUAUUGUUUAAAACUUUUCCAAAUGAUUCUUGUUCUUUAUGUUCAUAUGGGCAUCAGCGGAAACAAAGUAUUUCAUUUGAAACAAAGGAGUGUUUGCAUUUAUACAAGACAACACAUCAACUAGAGAAUGUGAAAACUGAAGAGAAGAAAAAGUUUUCAAUUCAGAUUUUCACGGGCCUUGUUUGUGAGCAGUUGAUGCAGAACCUUCAAAAGUUUGAAUUGGGUAUUCAAGAAUUUUGUAACAAUGGAAAAAGGACUAAAGUAAACAGGUCCUUAAGAAAUUCGAUGUUUGCAAGAGUAAUGGGAGACAGUGAAGGAAGUGGUAGAGGUGCUUCACAGGAAGUGAAGAAUGAAUUGAUAGGGCAAUCUGUCAAGGAUCCAGACAAGAAGAUGCUAUUGUUAGUCCAUGAUUUUUUCAGAUAUACAGAAUCUGAAGGAAGGAAGUUUUUUGAGGAACUAGAUAGAGAUGGUGAUGGACGAGUAACGUUAAAAGAUCUUGAAGUUGCUAUGAGGAAGAGAAAACUACCUCUUUCAUACGCACAUGAGUUGAUGACACGAACUAGAAGUAACCUGUUUUCAAAAUCUUUUGGUUGGAAACAGUUUUUACCCAUUAUGGAACAUAAGGAGUCAACCAUUCUUCGUGUUUACAUCUCUUUUUUAUCAAGCAAGUCUGCACCAAUACAAAAAAGUGAAAUGUUGACAUCACUUGAAGAUGCUGGCUUUCCUGCCAAUGAAGAUAUUACUAUUGCUUUGCAAAGGCUUAUGAAUGCGGGUGCUGAAGAACAUGUUUCAUAUGGACAUUUCAGAAAUUAUAUGCUUCUUCUUCCAUCUUAUACAGGUGAAAAACAUUGUAGGGAAGACAAGCUGUCAUCAAGUUCUCUUCGCCUUCCAGCUACCAGCCUUUUGAAAUCUGCUUUUGCAGGAGGGAUUUCCUGUGCAUUUUCUUGUGCUUUAAUGCAUCCUAUUGAUACAAUAAAGACUCAAGUACAAGCAUCAACAACACUUAGCUUUCCCGAGGUUAUAUCAAUGCUUCCCCAAAUUGGAUUCAGAGGUUUAUAUAAAGGUUCCAUCCCAGCAAUAGUUGGACAGUUCUCAAGUCAUGGCUUGCGAACUGGAAUUUUUGAAGCAACAAAGAUUGUUUUAGGAAAUGUUUCUCCGUCCCUCACAGAAAUGCAGGUGCAAUCUGUAGCAUCCUUUUGCGGAACUUUUAUUGGUACUGCAAUGCGAAUACCUUGUGAAGUAUUAAAGCAAAGGCUACAAGUAGGUCAUUUCAACAAUGUUUGGGAAGGAAUAGUGGGAAUUUGGAGUCAGGAAGGACUUAAUGGUUUUUUCCGAGGAACAGGAGCCACUCUCGUCAGGGAGUUACCCUUCUAUGUCGCGGGAAUGGGGCUUUAUGCUCAAUCCAAAAAGGCAACUCAACAUAUUCUUGGACGGGAAUUGGAGGCAUGGGAGAGCAUGGCGGUUGGGGCGAUAUCAGGUGGGUUGACAGCAAUCAUGACAACACCUAUUGAUGUGAUGAAAACGAGGAUGAUGACAGCGCCAGCUGGACAACCCAUUUCGGCAACAAUUGUGUUUAUUUCCAUCCUCCAACAAGAAGGAAUCCUCGGAUUCUACAAAGGAGCCAUUCCGAGGUUCUUUUGGGUCGCUCCUUUGGGCGCUCUCAACUUUGCUGGCUAUGAAAUUGUAAACACAGCCAUCCAAUCAAAACCAAGACUGAAAGCUAAUUAACUCUAUUUGUUUCAUUUUUACUAAUUUGAAAUAUAAAAUAAAUGGGUUAUUUCAUAAGUUAUUUAGUCAAUUUAUCA